AUGGAGUUAUCUGAUUGCUCUAAUGAAUAUGAGAAGCUCGUUGUACGGAUGAACAUGCCCAGGGUCGUAAUUGACAAUGGAGUCUGCCCUAAUUUAACUGUCGUCAAGAUCGAUAGCGCAAGAAGUCCAGGGAUUUUGCUCGAAUCUGUACAGCUUCUCACCGAUAUGAAUCUCUGGAUCAGAAAAGCUUACAUUUCCUCCGACGGAAGAUGGAAUAUGGACGUUUUCCAUGUUUGCGAUCUUAACGGAAACAAAUUAACCGACGAGAAUCUAAUCCGUUACAUCGAAAAGUCGAUCGAGACGUCUCACUACAAUAAAAGCGAAGGGUACACCGGUUUAACCGCAUUAGAGUUAACCGGAACAGACAGAGUCGGUUUACUCUCAGAGGUUUUCGCGGUUUUAGCCGAUCUUCAGUGCGACGUUGUUGAAGCUAAAGCAUGGACGCAUAACGGUCGUAUUGCGUCCAUGAUCUACGUUAAAGACGGUAACUCCGGGACUCCGAUAGACGGAGACUCCGACCGGGUCCAACGGAUCGAAGGACAGCUGCGUAACUUACUAAAAGCAGACGACGGUUACCAAAACGACACGAGGACGUGCGUUUCGUACGGUGGCAACACUCACAUGGAGAGAAGGCUGCACCAGAGGAUGUUCAUGGACCGCGACUACGAGCGGAAGUUUGAUUCCGAGAUAUCUCCGAUCGUCUCCGUACAGAACCUCCCGAAACGUGGUUACUCUGUCGUAAAUCUUCAGUGCAAAGAUCGGUUGAAGCUUUUGUUCGACGUCGUUUGCACGUUGACGGACAUGGCUUACAUUGUGUUCCACGCCGCGAUUCGAACGGUUGGAGAAACGGCGUUUUUGGAAUUCUACGUUAGGCAUAGCGAUGGAAACCCGGUUAGUACUGAACCGGAGAGACAACGUUUGAUCCAAUGUUUACAAGCCGCAAUUGAACGAAGAACAAUUAAGGGUGUGAGAUUGGAGCUAUGCACAGCGGAUAGACCGGGAUUGUUAUCAGAAGUAACAAGAAUAUUGAGAGAGAACGGAUUAAACAUUGCUAGAGCCGAGAUAUCGACUGAAGAAGGUGUAGCGAGGAAUGUGUUCUAUGUGACGGAUGCAAAUGGUAGCUUAGUAGAUCCUGAGAUAAUCAAAUCGAUUAGAGAGAAGAUCGGAAUCGAUGAUCUAAACAUUAAAGAAACGUUUCCGAUUAGUUGCCGUGAAGCGGUUGAGAAGGAGCAGCAUCAAGAACCUCAAGAUCAACAAGGACGCAUUGGAGGAGGGACAGUGUUGGUGUCACUUGGGAGUCUAGUGAUGAGAAAUCUAUACCAAUUGGGUUUGAUCAAAUCAUAUUUUUAG